GAUUUUCUCGAACCCCGUUUAGCGUGUUUGGUGAACCACUCUUUCAACCCUGGGUACACUAUAUUAAACAUUUAUCUUAUCUGGAUUAUCAGAUGCUACAAUCUUAACUAUCAAACAAGACCACAACAGGAGAUGGAUCUACAGUUGGUGCAAGGUUUUUGGUUUAUCCUUGUCUUUUUGUAUUUUCGUCUGCUCCAGCCAAGCCUUCCAGCAUGGCUCAUCAGUGCUUCAUCACAAUAUUCGGAUCCUCAAGUCUGCUCCGUCAAGUGGGUUGCGGGUCCGUAUUUUCGCAUGCUUGAAGUGAUAGAUGACUUUGCGCCGUUGCCAUCCAUCAUUUAGGUGAUCCACAGCUCUCCUGGAGGUGACUAUAAACAUGGAGACAGAUUCUCUCCCCAGAUUUAUUCAACUCACUGUCUUUCAUUCAAUUCAUUUACUUCUUCCAUAACAGCCCAGAUCUCGAAAAUGGAAUCAGUUGGCUCCAGCCCAGUUGUCAAUGGCAAACCAACAUUGCUUCUCAAUCAAGCACACGGAGCUACAGACCAGCCACAACCUUUGAGCCCACAAGAACAAGCUUCAAAUCCUUCGGUUCAACAAGGACCCGAAGCCAUGGAAGCACCCCUCAGCAGCCGACCCAAUGGUAUUUUCAUCAUAGAGCCCAACCACCCAAGAUACCUAGAGCCCUCUGAAGACGACGUAGAGAGAUCUACCGAGUUCUUCGACAACAAGGAACAGCAAGAUAGUGCUGUUACAUCUUCCGCAAACAGUUUAUAUGUUGUGAAGAGAGAGUCAGAAGAGCCUCCUUACCACAUCUUCUCUAUGGCACAGAAAAGACAGCUUGUAUAUUUAGUAUCCUUUGCAGGUUUGUUCUCGCCACUAUCAAGUAACAUUUAUUUUCCAUCUCUAAAGGAGAUUUCUACCGUAUGUACAUUACUCGACCCCAUAAACUAAAGCCAUCUCAGUCUAAUGCCCUUCUAGGACCUUCACGUUUCUCUUUCACUUGUCAGUCUUACUGUAACAGUCUAUAUGAUUGUUCAAGGACUUGCUCCAUCAUUCUGGGGACCGAUUAGUGACACAAAAGGUUAGUUCUCUCUUAUUUAGUAUGACGUGACACAUAAGCUAACCUCCUGCCGCAACAGGAAGAAGAAUCACGUUCAUGGGUACAUUUAUUGUAUAUCUUGCUUCGAAUAUUGGACUUGCUUUAAGUAAAAACUUCACGACCCUUAUGGUCUUGCGCGCAAUCCAAGCUGCCGGUAGUGCUGCCACUAUUGCUGUCGGUUAGUAAUCCAUAUGAGUUGAUGAUGUAUUUUGACUAACCUCAUAUGACUAGGCGCCGGCGCAAUUGCAGAUUGCACCACACCCAAAGAGAGAGGAGGUCUAAUUGGUGUAUUUGGAGGUAUCCGUAUGCUUGGACAGUCUGUUGGUCCUGUCCUUGGAGGUAUCAUAACUCAAUAUCUCGGCUUCCGCGCAAUUUUCUGGUUCCUUCUUGGCUUGGGAUCGCUAGCUCUUCUCCUAAUCAUUGCAUUUCUUCCCGAAACCCUUCGAAGUGUGGCAGGAAACGGUUCCGUUGUUCUCAAAGGUGUUCACCGACCACUGUUCUACGUACCACCACCAUCUACGGCACAAUCAGACGAGGAGCUUCCCCCAAAGAAAAAUAUUACAUUUUCCUCAGUCUUCGCCCCUUUCAAGUUUCUCCUCGAAAAGGAUGUCUUCAUUACCCUCUUUUUCGGUGCAGUUGUCUACACUGUCUGGUCUAUGGUAACAUCCAGUACCACUGCCCUAUUCUCAGAGCACUUCACUCUCUCCAAUCUGGAACUCGGCUUGAUCUUCUUGCCAAAUGGCUUCGGCUGCAUCACCGGUUCCUAUCUCACAGGCAUGCUGAUGGACUACGACUACAAAGUUGUUGAAUCCCGUUAUCGCAAACAACACAAUAUUCCUGCAGAUGUCACUAUCAAGGCUAAUGAGCUUCUGGAUUUCCCUAUUGAAGUCGCAAGAAUGAGGAACAUCUGGUGGAUAGUCCUCGUUUUCAUCGUAGCCACAGCUCUUUACGGCUACUCGUUGAAGCUCGAGAUCAUGGCUCUGCCACUGAUCCUGCAAUUCUUCAUUGCAUACGCAGCUACUGCAGUGUUUUCUCUCAACAGCGCAUUGAUCAUUGAUCUCUACCCAGGCAAAUCCGCAAGCGCUACGGCAGUGAACAAUCUCAUUAGAUGCUUAUUGGGAGCAGCUGGUGUGGCCGUUGUGCAGUUGAUUAUUGAUGUGUUGGGAUCUGGAGUAACAUUUUUGAUCUUUGCUGGAGCAACCUUUGCAUUGACUCCAUUAUUAAUGGUAGAGUGGUACCACGGAGGAAGAUGGAAGAUGGAAAGAGCUGAAAAGCUGCAGAAAAAGAAGGAGGCCAAGCAAGCCAGAGACUUGGAAAGAGCGGGCUAAAUGCGACGCUUUUAACGAUUCACGAUUUGACACGAUUUCAUUAUUUAAAAAGUUAGAAUACCUCUUAAAAGUAAAUUGAAUAUUUUUU